ACAAAUGGUCAUUUUUUUACAUUUAAUAAUAAAUAAUACUCCUAAAAUUAUAAACAAUGAACUUAAUUAAUAUAUAACAAUAUAGAACAUAGAAGUAUGUCUUCGUACUUGUGUUUCAUAUGCCAUAGUACAGUUAAUGAUGAAACCAAUGAAGAAACGCGAGAAAAAUAUAAAGAGGUCGUCGGUAUUAAUCUGUGUCCUGACUCCCACCUCUGCUACAUUUGCUGUCAUGUGCUGAAUAAGCUGUUCAUGUUCAGAUCUAUAUGUUUGAAACGCAGUUUGGAGUAUCCUGUGUUGUUCAGUGAAAAAGGCACGAUAAAUCUGCACAGAAGCGACAUAGAAAUAAACAUACUAUGUCCCGAAGAUUGCGAUCAAUACCAAGAAAAACAAUACCAGUAUGAAUACAACAAUGAUUUUAAUGAAAAUAACUUCAAUGACAAUCAUUAUAUUAACAUUAAUAACGAAUAUGAAUAUAAUGAUAAACAAUAUGAAGUUAACAAAACAGAAAACAUUCCAGAUCAUUACAAUUUCAAUCAUGAUAAUGAUACGCUAAAUAAUGAUGAAAAACUGCAUACAAAUGUUAAUAUUAUAAACAAAUAUACAUACGAACAGUUUGAACAUGUGAACAACAUUAAUGAUAGUAAAAAUGACGAAAUUCACGACAUGGAUGGUACUAAAUGUGAAAAUAAUGAAAUGAUAAACGUUAAUGAAAUUAACAAUGAUACAGUAAGAGCUGAAGUAAAUAAUGAUGUACCAGAACUUUAUGAAGACGAAAGCGAAGAUAGAUUAAUUAUAAACACGGAUGAUGAUAAAUCAGUUAAUGAUAAUGAUACAAUUGAUCUCAAUUAUCAAAAUGAUGAUAAACAAGAUGAUCAAAGUCCCAUAAUAAAUGAAGUUAAUGCAACAAACACAGAAGAAAAUCUUAAUGAAAUUAAUAUAGAAGAUGGUAUUCCUAAACUUGAUAUAGAAAUAACAGUCAAAAAGAAAAAAACAAAGAAGAAAGGUUUUAAAAAGGUAGUUCGCACUCUAGAAGAGCAGAAAGCGGAGUUGGAGAGGAAUAGAAAGAGUAGGAAAUAUAUAGAGGCCGAGUUUAAGUGUUAUAAUUGUGCUCUAGGGUUUUUGUUUAAGGAUACCUAUCAAGCUCAUAUGAUGCGGCAUGAAGAGUCGAACGGUGAAUAUCGAUGCGAUACCUGUACGCUACGAUUUUCAACGCACGCACUUCUGCGCACACAUAUUGCGUCGCACACGGAUGUUUACAGGUGCCAAAUAUGCGGGGACACUAUGGGCCCGAGGGCCAAACGGACCCACGGCUGUGGUCAAACUAGACCCGUCGAGAGUGUAGCCUGUCCGCAGUGUGGAAAUCUGUUUAGAGACGCAAACGGCCUACAACAGCACAUACGCAGAGUUCACACGAAAACAUCGAACCGUCUACAUUCCUGUACCGUUUGUAAUGAGAAUUUUACGAAUCAAUCAGUUCUGAGGACUCAUAUGAUAAAGCACAUAAAACGAAAGUUCCAAUGCGACCAGUGCCCCAGAAUAUACAGCAGUCCAUAUACAUUGAAACAGCAUAAAAAAACACACGAAAUAAACACGGAACGGUAUUACUGUUCCCAUUGUGAUGUGGUUUUUAAUUCAAGGAAGAGCCUGCUAGCGCAUAAAAGGAAUACCGUCGCCCAUCAGAAUACAGUUUUGGAAUGUCCGCUGUGCGCGCGCGUGUGUGCGUCCCGUCCCGCGUUACUCGCACACGCACGCACACACGCGCGCGCACACGUGUGCGCUCAGUGCGGCCGCGCCUACAGCGCGAGACGGACGUUAGUUAGGCACAUGAAGACGCAUACAGGGGAAGUAGUUGUUCGUACGGCUGUUUGUCACCUGUGCGGAAACAGUUUUAAGGGUACAAAUAAACUGAACAGGCAUCUCAGGGAGAACUGCGAAAAAGCUAAACUUGAAGAACAACUCGCUUCUUUAUAUGAAUAAAUAAUUCUGUGAUA